UUCCUUCUCGCUCGCUCCCUCUUAUUUCAAAACAUCCAACUUUUGCCUCUUCUCUCGCUACUCGUAAGUGUAACAAGGAAGUCUGUCGACUUUGGAAAUUCAGUGACACAGAGAUGUUCCAGGAUUGCAACAAGAAACGCUUUUUGGCCACCGCCAGUAAGACAGGCAAACGCGACGAAUUGUCCGCUUAUUUAAACGACAGCAAGUGCAUCGCUCCGCUGCCACCGGUCAGCUCCUUCCGCCAGCCCACCAAUAGCUGCUACGACGCCGCAUCCGACGGUUACAACACUCCCAGCCCAAUGUCUUCGGAAAGCAGUGACCACGGCCAUCAUAUCGGUGGGGGACAUCCAACCUAUCGCGGACACUUCGGUGAAAGUCCCUUACCAUCGCCCAGCCACCAUCACGCCGUUUCACCAUCAGCCACAUCGUCCGAAGAGGAACUCCGUCAGCGAUUGCAAUAUUUCGUCCAGCCGCCGGCCAGCAAUAACUCAUCCGCUAACUACUACGACCUGCGAGUCAGCGUCAAAGAAGAUCCCGAACGCUGUUACCUCUCCGCAGGUCUACCCACACCCAGUUCUCCAGGAUCGCCAUUGAACAGCCACCAUCAUCACACGGUAAAUUCACCCAUUAGCCCGGCUCCUUCUUCCAUUCAUCCAGUGAUGGGCGAGUAUCAAAACCCGUCGAGCAACCAAAGCGGCUCUGAUUCCGAAUCGACUUUGCCGCGCAGCACGAGCAGUGCAUCGAACGGCCAGAAACGUUCGCUGAAAGAAGUGGCUCCGCAGGUGAUGAAGAAACGUCGUCUGGCGGCCAACGCUCGCGAGCGCAGACGGAUGAACAACCUGAACAGCGCCUUUGACCGUCUCCGCGAUGUUGUGCCCGCUCUCGGCAACGACCGACAACUCUCCAAGUACGAAACUCUCCAAAUGGCUCAGAGCUACAUCACCGCACUGUGGGAACUGCUUCAGUAAAGUUCCACUAAAUGCUGUUUUGAAACGAUUAUUGCUGCACUUGUUGCCAUUUCGAAUUCAUCGUUUGAAACUCUGAAGACGGGUUGAAAACUAAUUCCAGUUAAUCACGGUAAAAGGAGACGUAAGUACCUCAUCAUUCAUUGUAUGCCUCCCCUUCAAAUGUCAGAGUGUUUAGCAUAAAUAGUAAAUUAAGACUUGAGAUCGUGCCGUACAUUCGCCUCUGAAUGGCCAACGAUUCAGGAUAAGAAGCUCGGUGAACAUAUCGAAAAAAGAAAUUCAUGGCUUUUCACCAUGACAUUUCCUACUGUUGUUAUUGCAUACACAUAAAUCUAGUCUCUGUUUCGUUGAUGGUGCCCGGUCGGCCGCUGUUUCUGACUCCGGCGACGACGUCAUUUAUUGUCUAUUGCCUCAAGUGUAUAACUCUUUCUCUCGUGUUUGGUCAACUCAACGCCUUUUUCCUUUUGAAUAAUUGUCUGCCACUACCCCCUUCAACACUCUCGCAUUAUCAGCUUCAUCGGCUCUUGGGGCUACCAGCAUUUGAAAACGGAGUUCUCUGCUCUUGCCUUUUCUUUAAUUUAUACGAAUCUCUUUGGCGAAAAAGUGAAACACAAUUUACAAUAAAAUGUUAAAGAAAUGAAAUGCUGCGCAAAUAAUCUAUAACAUCAAACAAAACGCCUUUUUCUGUCUUGACUUUUCACGUGCGUGUAUGAUAUAAGCUACUUUCCUUCAAACGAAAUGCUCACAACUACGUGCCUUUUUAUCUUUGUGUGUGUGUGUGUGUGUGUGUGUCAAUCCAACGUAAUGACGUAAACCGUAUACCUUAUUGUGCCUUAUUGCCGAAUAUUCGUUGAAGAAAAAUAGAUUUGUGUUUGAAAGCUGAAA